AAAUAGUCAGGAGAGAGAGAGAAGGAUAGAGGAAGUCAGAAGAGAGAGAGAAGGAGAGAGAGAGAGAAGGAUACAGAAAUAGUCAGAAAUGGUGUCCGCUGGUUCAGCUGUUUGGCUGGUAUGGACCACAAUAGCAGCCCUGCUAGUUCAAGGUUCAUUUGGUCAGUUGCCUGCCUGUGGUAAAGCUCCAAGGGACUCGGGGCUGAUCAGCGGUCAGAACGCCACAACGGGAGCUUGGCCCUGGCAGGUCAGUCUUCACCGAGCAGGAAGCCACUUCUGCUCAGGAUCCCUCAUCAGCGCGCAGGCGGUCCUGACGGCAGCACACUGCUUUAGCAGCACUUCCAUCACUGGUUUAACAGCAUACCUCGGUCAUCAGAACCAGCAAGGCAGCAAUCCCAACAAACGACUGAGGAACUUGUUUACUAUCACACAGCACCCAGAGUAUGACGCGAUCACAAGGGAAAACGAUAUCGCCGUGGUGGUUCUGACUGCCCCACUCGACUUCAAUGAGUUCAUCAGUCCUGUGUGUCUUGCUGACAGUGAGAGCAUUCUGCACAACGGUACCGACAGCUGGGUCACUGGCUGGGGAAACGCCGCUCCUAAAGAGGCCCUUCAGCAGACGAAUGUUCCAGUGAUUGGAAGGCGACAGUGUAGAUGCUUGCGUGGCGUCAGCUCAGUCACAGACAACAUGGUGUGCGCUGGACACCUCGAUGGACGCGGUGAUUCCUGCCAGGGAGACUCUGGCAGUCCACUGGUGACCAAACUGGGCAUUUCUUGGCUGCAGACUGGGAUUGAGAGUUUUGGCGGAGGUUGUCCUCCGCAGACAAGUCUGCCGGCGGUCUACACACGAGUGUCCCGCUACAAGGCCUGGAUCAACAUGAUGGUCAACCCGGAAUACGUCCAUUUCGUCUCUGCAGGUGUGGACCCAGACAGCAACGUCACAUGUCCCGGGCUUGAUGACAUCACUACAACGACACCCAAUCAACAAACAACGUCCACGCCGCUGGUGUGUGGUAGAGCCCCCCUGAACACCAGAGUAGGUGGAGGUGGAGUUGCCCCAGCAGGAAGUUGGCCCUGGCAGGCUAGUCUUCACCGGUCAGGAACUCACUUCUGUGGAGGAUCCCUCAUCAACCCGCAGUGGAUCAUGACUGCAGCCCACUGCUUCCCCGGGACGGUCUACACUGGUGUAACAGUGUACCUCGGUCGACAGAACCAGCAAGGCAGCAAUCUCAACGAACAACUGAGGAGUGUGUUUAUGGUCAUGAAGCAUCCAGACUAUAAGGAGAGGACAAGAGAAAACGACAUUGCCCUGUUACUUCUGACUGCCCCACUCGACUUCAACAACUUCAUCAGUCCUGUGUGUCUAGCUGCCAAUGAGAGCGCUUUCCAAAAUGGCACCCAAAGUUGGGCCUCUGGCUGGGGAGACAACGGAGAAGGAGUGCCUCUGCCUGCUCCCGGGGCCCUGCGGGAUGCAGUGCCCCCUGUGGUUGGAAACAGGCAGUGUGACUGCCUGAGGCAGGACCUGAACAUCACAGACAACAUGAUGUGUGCUUCUAGUGAGGACGGAGGCACCUGCCAGAGAGACCCUGGCGGUCCGCUGGUCAGCAGGCAGGGCUCGGCGUGGGUCCAGGCAGGUGUGCUCACCUCUGGGAGUGGCUGUGGGCGCAGUCCGGGGGUCUACACCAGGGUAUCCCGCUACCAGAGCUGGAUCCUCUCAACAAUUACUGACAACCAACCUGAGUUUGUGCGCUUCUCUUCCAACGGGGCUGACGCUGACAGCAUCUUCAACUGUUUUGGAAUCACAACAACAGAAAUUACAACAUCAACAGCUCCCCUGACAGCAACAGAACUCACAACAUCAUCAACUCCCCUGACAACAACAGAACUCACAACAUCCACAACUCCUGAUACAACAACAGAACUCACAACAUCAACAGCUCCUGAUACGACAACAGAACCCACAACAUCAACAACUCCCCUGACAACAGCAGAACUCACAACAUCAACAGCUCCUGAUACGACAACAGAACUUUCAACAUCAACAGCUCCUGAUACAUCAACAGAACUCACAACAUCAACAGUUCCUGAUACGACAACACAACUCACAACAUCAACAGCUCCUGAUACAUCAACAGAACUCACAACAUCAACAGUUCCUGAUACGACAACACAACUCACAACAUCAACAGUUCCUGAUACGACAACACAACUCACAACAUCAACAGCUCCUGAUACAUCAACAGAACUCACAACAUCAACAGUUCCUGAUACGACAACACAACUCACAACAUCAACAGCUCCUGAUACAACAACACAACUCACAACAUCAACAGCUCCUGAUACAUCAACAGAACUCACAACACCAACAACUCCCCUGACAACAACAGAACUCACAACAUCAACAGCUCCUGAUACGACAACACAACUCACAACAUCUCCUGAUACGACAACAGAACUUUCAACAUCAACAGCUCCUGAUACGACAACACAACUCACAACAUCUCCUGAUACGACAACAGAACUUUCAACAUCAACAGCUCCUGAUACGACAACACAACUCACAACAUCAACAGUUCCUGAUAAAACAACACAACCCACAUCAACAACUCCCCUGACAACAACAGAACUCACAACAUCAACAGCUCCUGAUACGACAACAGAACUCACAACAUCAAUAGCUCCUGAUAUAACAACACAACUCACAACAUCAACAGCUCCUGAUACAACAACAGAACUCACAACAUCAACAGCUCCUGAUACAACAACACAACCCACAAAAUCAACAGCUCCUGAUACAACAACAGAACUCUCAACAUCAACAGCUCCUGAUACGACAACAGAACUCACAACAUCAACAGCUCCCCUGACAACAACAGAACUCACAACAUCAACAGCUCCUGAUACAACAACAGAACUCUCAACAUCAACAGCUCCUGAUACAACAACACAACUCACAACAUCAACAACUACCCUGACAACAACACAACUCACAACAUCAAAAGUUCCUGAUACGACAACAGAACUUUCAAAAUCAACAGCUCCUGAAACAACAACACAACUUUCAACAUCAACAGCUCCUGAUACGACAACACAACCCACAACAUCAACAGCUCCUGAUACAUCAACAGAACUCACAACAUCAACAACACAACUCACAACAUCAACAGCUCCUGAUACAACAACAGAACUCUCAACAUCAACAGCUCCUGAUACAACAACACAACUCACAACACCAACAACUCCCCUGACAACAACAGAACUCACAACAUCAACAGCUCCUGAUACGACAACACAACUCACAACAUCAACAGCUCCUGAUACGACAACAGAACUUUCAACAUCAACAGCUCCUGAUAAAACAACACAACCCACAUCAACAACUCCCCUGACAACAACAGAACUCACAUCAACAGCUCCUGAUACGACAACACAACUCACAACAUCUCCUGAUACGACAACAGAACUUUCAACAUCAACAGCUCCUGAUAAAACAACACAACCCACAUCAACAACUCCCCUGACAACAACAGAACUCACAUCAACAGCUCCUGAUACGACAACACAACUCACAACAUCAACAACUCCUGAUACAACAACACAACUCACAACACCCACAACUCCCCUGACAACAACAGAACUCACAACAUCAACAACUUCCAAGACAACAACACAACUCACAACAUCCACAGCUCCCCUGACAACAAAAGAACUUACAUCAACAACUCCCCUGACAACAACACAACUCACAACAUCAAGAACUCCCCUGACAACAACACAACUCACAACAUCCAUAACUCCCCUGACAACAGAACUCACAACACCCACAACUCCCCUGACAACACCAGCACUCACAACAUCAACAGCUCCUGAUACGACAACAGAACUCACAACACCCACAACUCCCCUGACAACACCAGCACUCACAACAUCAACAGCUCCUGAUACGACAACACAACUCACAACAUCAAGAACUCCCCUGACAACAACACAACUCACAACAUCCACAACUCCCCUGACAACAGAACUCACAACACCCACAACUCCCCUGACAACACCAGUACUCACAACAUCAACAGCUCCUGAUACGACAACACAACUCACAACAUCAAGAACUCCCCUGACAACAACACAACUCACAACAUCCACAACUCCCCUGACAACAGAACUCACAACACCCACAACUCCCCUGACAACACCAGUACUCACAACAUCAACAGCUCCUGAUACGACAACAGAACUCACAACAUCAACGGCUCCUGAUACGACAACACAACUCACAACAUCCACAACUCCCCUGACAACAACAGAACCCAACAGAACAACUCUUCAGACAACAACACAACUCACAACAUUAACAGCUCCUGAUACAACAACACAAUUCACAACAUCAACAGCUCCCCUGACAACAGCAGAAUUCACAACAUCAACAGCUCCCCUGACAACAACAGAACUCACAACAUCCACAGCUCCUGAUACAACAACACAACUCACAACAUCAACAGCUCCUGAUAUGACAACACAACUCUCAACAUCCACAGCUCAUGAUACAACAACAGAAAUAUCAACAUCAACAACAACAACAGUUCCUGAUACAACACAACUCACAACAUACACAGCUCCUGAUACGACAACACAACUCACAACAUCAACAACUCCCCUGACAACAACACAACUCACAACAUCCACAGCUCCUGAUAUGACAACAGAACUCACAACACCCACAACUCCCCUGACAACCACAGAACUCACAACAUCCACAACUCCUGAUACGGCAACCGUACUUAAAACAUCAACAGCUCCCCAGACAAUAAAAGAACAACCAAUAUCCACAACUCUUCAGACAACAUCAACAGCUCCCCUUCAGACAAUGGUCACAACAACAGAACUUACAACAUCAACAGCUUCCAAGACAACCACAGAACUCACAACAUCAAUAGCUCCUGUAGUUACAGUCACAACAGAACGUACAACAUCAACAGUUCCUGAUACAACAGUCACAACAAAAUCUACAUCAUCCACAGAUCCCAAGACAGCAUCCACAACAAGAGAUCUUAUAACAUCCACAGCUCCUGAUACAACAACAGAACUUACAACAUUUACAGAUCCCCAGACAACAGUCAAAACAACACAGGUUACAACAUCCACAGCUUCCCUGGCAACAUCAGGGCUAACAACAUCAACAGAGCCCAUGGCAAUAUCAGGGCUUACAACAUCAACAGAUCCCUUGGCAACACCAGGGCUUACAUCAUUCAUUUCUCCCCAGACAACAGUCUCAACAACAGUGCCUCACACAACAAGUAGUACAACAACAACCACAACAUCAUCAAUGACAUCUUCUACAGCUACUAAUUCAACCACACCAGCUGUUCCAUCACCUACGUUAGUUACAGUAGCCAAUGUGGAGUUCACGACCAACGAAACCUAUGAUUCUGCCCUGGCUGACAGACAAUCCACUGCCUUCAAGGAACGAGAGUCACGCCUAAAGCAAGAGCUGGAGCCGUUCUUCCGUGAAGACUACGGUCCCAACUUUGUUGGCCUGACGGCAAGAAGCUUCAGGGCCGGCUCGAUUGUCCACAGCACUGACCUAACCUUCCACACCAACACAAGUAUCCCCACUGAGGAAGCCAUAUUCAACACGAUGAUACGAGCCGGCAGGAGCGGCACCACGACCCUCCCCAUCACCCAUGUAAACGGCACAGCUUUGAUUACCAGUCUAGUCAGCAGCACAACGAGCCUCUUCAAAGUUUGGAACCUGGGGGUGGCAUCCCUGCUGCUGCUGGCGCAGUGGUUGGCUCACUGACCUGUCAAUCAAUGCACAGUCACCUAAGCGAUGGAGGCGGGACCAGGAAGGAUUUUUUUAAAUGUAGUGCUUUAGAAAAAACUAAACAUGAAAGUCAUGCACAUGUCAUAGUACAUAGAACUACAACAGACUACUGCUCCCAUAAAAGCAUCUGUUUUUUAUUUUAUUUUUAUUUGGACUAAACGUCCAGGCUUCAAUGCUAUUUUUGUCUAAAAUGGAACCGUUUUGCCAAAUUUUGACCAUCAAAAUGAAUACCUGAGUCUGAUUUUUAUACUCAUGCCGGUAAAAUCUGUACUUGGCAGAGGAAACUGUCCUGUCACGUGCAUAAUUCUUUCCCCAAUAAUUUGAUUUUGAAAAUGCGAUAGCAUGUUUACAUAAAUAAUAUAUGUCUUAAUAAAUAGGUAGCUAAAGUGUACAUUAGUAACCGUAUUGUUUGCACUAUCUCGAUCCUAAGUUAUUACUGUAGUUACAAACGUCUAUGUACGAAAGUACAUAAGAGUUUAUUAUUUAUUGCUUAUUAUUCAUGUUCCUGAAUUGAUUGUGAUGAAAUUAUAUUUAUAUCCUAAAUAAAGUC